AUGAUUUCACGAAUUUUUACAUCAACCGCUCCGAGCCGGUUUGGUAGGGGCGUUGUGUUUGAGAAGGCCAUCCGACAGGCUGCUAGUGGAGUAGUGCAUCGCCGUCACGUGAGCCACGAACGGAAUAUAGUUCAAUCGCCCUUCGGCAACGUGGACAUCCCUGUCAAGAAUAUAACAGAGUAUAUCUUCGAUGGUUACGAGAAGUAUGCAGACAAACCGGCCGUUACAUGCGGAGCUACGAAACGAUCGUACACGUACGGGAUGACUUACGAGAUGACAAAACGGAUGGCGCGUGGUUUGCUAUCGCAGAAGGGAUGUGCCAUGCGCAGUAACGAUGUAUUGGGACUGCUGCUUCCCAACAUACCUGAGUUCGUCCCGGCACUGCACGGUGGAUUGUUGGCAGGUUUAUCCGUCACGUUCGCCAAUCCCUUGUACACAGCGGAGGAAGUAUGUCGCCAGUUUGAAAAUGCCGGCGUGUCGGCCAUUGUCACACUGCCGAUGUUGCUGCCAGUUGCGGAGAUGUUCAAAUCCAAGGUGAAACACUACAAAGGAACCAUCUGCAUCGGGGGAACGCAUGAUCUCGAUAAGAAUAUCUACGGAUUCGAGCAAUUUCUGAAAGAAAAUCAUCGUUGUGAACUCCCAGAGAUCGAUUGUCAUAAAACGGCCAUUCUACCCUAUUCGUCCGGUACUACAGGAAUGCCGAAGGGUGUGGAACUGUCGCAUUACAACCUUGUUGCAAAUCUAGCACAAGGAUCCCACCCUUCAAUAUCCAAAUAUUAUCAACCAGAGUACAUCGAUAAGAAGGACACUAUCUUGACCAUUCCACCAUAUUUCCACAUUUAUGGAUUGAAUGGUAUUCUGCAUUCCGUGCUGAAGACAAAAAAUCACGUUGUAUCAAUUCCCAGACGCUUCCUCAUCCUAGAUGACGAAGAAGCGGGGGAAGAAGUGCAAAAAGAAGAAUCGGUGGAUAAAGAAGAAAGUGCCAACAUGAACUGA